AUGGGCAAUCUUUUACCUUUCGUGAUCUACUGGGGCAUAGCUGCUGCAGCGGAUUGCACCAGGAACGAUGUUGUUCGAUGGGGUCCGUUUGAACACAACCCAGACAGAAACCUUCCAACGAGUGUCGGCCAGACGGAAUCUUACGCUUGGGACAAUAACUGGAUUACCAUCGAGAUGCUAUCAACAAAGGUUGCCGUAAACCCUUAUCACGAGGCUCCAAAAGACUACACCACCCUGAACAUUGUCAAUCAUGGUUCGUUGAACCUUCGGGUCCGCAUUGAGACAGGACAUGGCGAGCCGUGGGAGUAUUUUCUGCCUUCUAACGUCAACUGCGAUGUUGGUGACUAUUUUAUACAUGCGGAUGCGCCUUACCAGCCUAUAUCAGACUCGGCCCUGUCAGCUGCCGUUGAUGAUGAGCACGCUAGUAUCGGGUUCAGUCGAUUUGCGGCCUUCGACAAGGCCCUCUACCAUUGUAGUAAGCCCGGCAAGGUCAUUAUCAGGCUGUCAGGCAUCUCUAUUCCCCUGGUCAUACUUGCCUCUGCCCUUAAUCAGGGCAUUACCUUAAACAUCUUCGUCACCAUGGCCAGCUCGACGUUCAGGCAGCACAGCUCACUCGCCGCCGUUAACACUGCCAGCCAGAUCAUCCAUCCCAUCAACAAGCCCUUCAUCGGCAAGCUCGUCGACAUCCCCUCCCGCUGA